AUGUCUGAGGUACAGACUCGGCCUGCCGCUUCGCGCGGCAGAGGUUCUGGACGCGGUGGCAGAGGUGGCUUCGCAAGCCGGGGCGGUCGCACGUCGGCCAGACCUAACGGCGACAAGUACGACUCCAAAAUGGAUGCCGACGACGCGACUUCCUUCGAGGACCAAGGCGAGCUCGGCGAGCUCAAGAAGCAGUACGGAUCCAAGGCGCCCCUCAUCAAGGAGCUCUUCCCCGAUUGGUCAGAGCAGGAUAUCCUCUACGCUCUUCAAGAGACGGAUGGUGACGAGAAUCUUGCCGUUACUCGCAUUGCUGAAGGCACCAUCUCUCAAUGGGGUGAGGUGACGAAGAAGGCCCCCCGCUCCAAGGCUAAGGACUCGACGACCGCAGCUUCCAACAUCGACUCAUCCAGCGCCAGGCCUGCCCGUGGCGGACGCAACGUCGCCGACGCUGGUCGCGGCCGCGGCAGAAACGCCGACAGAGGAGGCCGCGGUGGUGGUCGGGGCAGAGCCUCAAACACAGCAGCCCCCAACGGCACCCGGCAUGCCAAGGACACCGCUCAGCCGCUCUCCGUCCCCACCGAGGAGUCGAACGCAUGGGAUACCCCCAAGACAGACGUCAAGGACGCGCCUGCCGAGGACCCCUGGGCCCCCAAGGAGACCACCGAGAAGCCUGCAGCUCCCGCGACCGAAGCCCCCAAGCCUGCCGGUCCCGCUCCCAAGACGUGGGCUAGCAUGCUCCGUCAAACCGCCGUCCCCAAGCCCGCUCCGAAGCCCCCCAAGCAAGAGCCCGCACCCAAGCCUGCCGAGCCCAUCGAACCUCUGCCUCCUGUCGCUCCCGCCGCCGAACCUACACCCGAACCUGAGACCGAACCGGAGGCGCAGCCCGAGCCCACCCCCGAACUUCCCGCCGAGCCAGCUCAUGAAGAACCAGCCCCUGCAGAAGUACCAACCGUCAUCGAACCCGAAGUGGCUCUGCCGCCCUCCAAGGACCAACUUACUGAGACGAAUCUUGAACAGGUUGUCGACGAAUCGCAUCCUCCCGCCACUGCUACUGUCGCGAGCACUGCCGCCGACUCCUGGGAUCCUCGCCUCAAUGCUGGCAGCGCUACCGCGACCCCGAUCUCAGCCUCGCAACAGCAACAUCAGCCCAUCCGCCCCGCUGUUCCCACCACCAACAGCGGAUUCGCCGCUUCCGCCAUCAAGGCCACCACCGAGCGAGGAUCCCGUACUCCGAGCUACCAACGCCGCGUUCUUGACCAGGAGGAAGCCGUACGCAUGCCUGGCAACCGCGAGGUUGACCGCGCUGCCGUCCAGUUCGGUGCUUUCAGCCUGAACGAGGACGACGACAUUGAUGGUGAUCGCGAGGAGCCCGAGACCAGGACCCAGCCUCCUGCCGACUCCCCCGUUGCCCAUCCUCGCACCUCUCUCCCCCCUGCUCCCCAGCAAGCUCCCGUCCCCGAGGCCAUCGGCACCCAGAAGCCCGCGCCGGGCCUGCCUCCUCCUGCUGCGGCCGCCGCACCCACUGGUACAACCGCUCCGACCGGCAACGUCGUCGACUUUGCUAAUGCUCCCUUCGCAGGACCCGCAGGCGCUGCUCCCCAGGCCCCCGCUGCUCAGGUCCCCCAGCCUGGUGCUGCCCCCGCCCAGCCCUACUCCCGAUUCGGACAGACCGGCCCUCAGGAGCCGUCGUCGUUCCCCCAGAAGUCAAUCGACCCUUUCACCCAGCCGAACCAACCCCCCUCGGCUUCCCAGAACCAGUUCGACGGCUUCCCCAACCAGCCGUCGCAACAGAACCAGCAGCCCGGUGGGGCUUUCAGCUCCGCGCCCAGCGAAUACUCUUCCUACUACACCGCCGACCAACAAAACCGCCCUCCUUACAACUACUACAACCAGCCCUACGGCCAGCAGGGCGCCCAGGGACACCAGGACAGCGUGUCUUCCCAGCAGAGGUCUUUCGGCGGCUACAAUGCCUCGCAGGCUGAUAACCUCAGCCAGUACCCCCAGAGCGGCGGUCUCCAGAACCAGUCUCGCUACGGCGGCGUCACCAACGACGCCCAGAACAGCGGGCACACCACCCCGAACCCCACCGCUCAGAGCCAGCAGGCGGCCAGCCAGGCCUCGCAGCCUCAGUCUCACGGCCAGCAGAGCUACCCUUAUAACAGCCACCCCUACUACAACAACGCCUACUACUCGAACUACAUGAACUACGGUCACUACGGCCAGGGAGGAUACGGCGGCGCUCCCUACGGCAAGGGAGGCGUCUACGGCCACCCGUACGGAAUGUCGCCCCAGGGCCCCUACGACCACGCCUCGUCCCCUGCUGCUGGCUUCGGUCAGUCUUCUCUGCACCGGGCUGACAGCGGUCUGAGCUCUGGCCUCGCGGGCGGCGACUUUGGCGGCCGCGCCGGUUCCGCUCAGUCUGGCAACCAGCCUGGUCUCGCCGGCAGUGGCUUCGGUGGUGUUCAGGACACCUUUGGCCGCGGCUCUUCCUCGUACCAGAGCCCCGCGGGACAGGGGUUCAACAGCACUGCCCAGCCCAACAACACUGCUUCCGCCAACGACGAUCUGAAGCCUUUCGGCGACGGUAAGCCUGGCGCGGGGCCCUCGCCUUCUCUUGGCGGCGCCCGUCCCGGCUCGGCCACUAACACCGCCUCUGGCCAGACGGGCUUGCCCCCGCCUCAGUCCGCUUCUCAGAUGGGCGGCUACGGCGGCUACCCUAGCCACCUGCAGGGUCACGGUCUCCACGGAACCAGUGGUUACGGCAUGGGAGGAGCCACCACCGGCCAGCACGGUAGCGCCCCGUUCGGCUCCUACGGUCAGCAGCAGCAGGGCGGCUACGGCAGCGGAUACUACGGCAGCGGCAACCAGCAGCAGCAGCGCGGCGGCUGGGGCGGAAACUACCACUAG